AUGGCAUUUGUUCCCUGCUGGUCGGGAACAUCAGUGCUUCAUCGCACCUCUUCACCUCAACUAAGUGCUCAUUGCUCCACAUUUGUUUCUUCUCAAGUCAUCCCGAGAUGUACCCCAGGGCGUCCAGUCCGGCUGCCCUCAUGUUUUGAUCUUCCAAUUCAAAUGGUUGUGGCCAAGCCGCAAGUAAUCAACCCUACUCCAACCUUUUCGGUGGAUCCGGAAGGCUACAUGACAUGUGAAUCUGUUCGUAUUCGUGAUAUUCAGGACUCUCUUGAAACAAGCCCGGUCUACAUCUAUUCGAAAGCACAGAUUGAAAACAACUACAAAGCUUAUCAAGAGGCGCUCACUGGACUUGAUUCUAUCAUCGGCUACGCUAUCAAAGCGAAUAACAAUCUUAGAAUAGUUGAGCUUCUUCGCAGUCUGGGAUCCGGCGCAGUUCUUGUCUCUGGGAACGAACUGCGCCUUGCCGUAAAAGCUGGCAUGGACAUGACAAAGACAGUUUUCAAUGGGAAUGGCAAGACCUCGAAAGAACUUGAGUUUGCGGUCGAAUGCGGAUGUUUGAUCAAUAUUGAUUCUGAGUUUGAUCUUGAACAUAUCGCGACUGCUUCGAAGAAGGCCGGCAAGCGGGCGAAUGUCCUUAUUCGCAUCAAUCCCGAUGUGGAUCCGCAGGUUCAUCCCUAUAUCAGCACAGGUCUCGCGAGCAGCAAGUUUGGUAUCCGCAACUCUCAUCUCCAGUGGUUUUUGGAUCGGAUUCGCGACGAAGACUCACUUGUCCUCGCGGGAGUUCACUGUCAUCUUGGAAGCACUAUAAAGAAGGUUUCAAUUUUUAAGGAUGCUGCUGAAAUCAUGCUUGGUUUCAUCAGUGAGAUUCGGCGCCAAGGUUUUGACACACUCAAGUUCUUGAACAUUGGUGGUGGUCUGGGUAUCGACUACGAGCGACUCGGUGAAAACAUUCCGCGCCCAGUGGAUCUCAUCAGUACCAUCCGUCCCCAGCUUGUUGAGGCGAAGCUCACAAUUAUUGUUGAACCUGGCCGAUCCAUGGUCGGAAAUACAGCAAUUAUGGCUAGCAAAGUAAUUGGCGUCAAAACAAACGGAUCCAAAAACUUCAUCGUAACAGAUGGAAGCAUGGCGGAACUCAUACGCCCAAGCUUGUAUGACGCAUAUCAAUUUAUAUCCUUGACGGAGCCCGGCGGCGAGGUGGAUACUUUCGAUAUUGUAGGGCCGGUCUGCGAAAGUGCAGACUUCCUUGGGAAAGAGCGUGUUCUUCCGCGCCCGGAGGAAGGUGCCGGGUUGGCAGUUAUGGACUCUGGUGCCUAUUGCUAUGCGAUGGCAUCAAACUACAACAUGAAGGUGAAGCCAGUAGAGGUGCUUGUGGAUGGCAGCUCUUGGAAAAUUAUUCGCAAAGCAGAGACUUUCGAUGACAUUAUGGCAGCUUACAACUGACAAAUAGCUCAACAAGAGGUGGGUGCUGCAGUGCUGAGAAGUAUUCGGCAAUGUAGCAGCUAGCUGCGAUAGCGAUUAUAAAGUUCAUAUGGUUUGUGAGAGUGUUUCGGG